AGAGAUCGGAUCAUAUCGGACGUCAUGGCUACAAUGAUCAGCAAAGAAUUGCAGGAUAUCGAGAGUAUCCUUGCAUUGAACCCGAGGGUGAAGUCUCAUGCGGCACUCCAUUCCACCACCUCAAAGAAGAAGGAGAAGAAGCACUGGAAGAGAAACCCAGAGAAGAGCUGCGAUUCUUGUGUGAAUUUGGAGAACAACUUCGAUGACAUCAAGCACACAACUUUGAGCGAGCGUGGGGCACUUCGUGAAGCGCUGAGAUGCCUUAAAUGUGCAGAUGCCCCUUGCCAGAAAAGCUGUCCUACCAAUUUGAACAUCAAGUCUUUUAUCACUAGCAUUUCUAACAAGAACUACUAUGGUGCUGCAAAAGCAAUCCUAUCUGACAAUCCUCUGGGUUUGACCUGUGGCAUGGUGUGCCCCACCUCUGAUCUGUGUGUGGGGGGCUGUAACCUUUAUGCCUCUGAGGAAGGCCCCAUCAAUAUUGGUGGUCUGCAGCAGUUUGCUACUGAGGUGUUCAGCAAGAUGGGCAUCCCUCAAAUCAGGAAUCCAGAGCUCCCUCCACCAGAAGAGAUGCCAGACAGCUACCACACAAAGAUAGCUCUCAUAGGCUGUGGCCCUGCCAGCAUUAGCUGUGCCUCCUUCCUUGCUCGGCUAGGCUACGACAACAUCACCAUCUUUGAGAAACAGAAAUAUAUUGGUGGUCUUAGCACUUCUGAAAUCCCUCAGUUCCGUUUGCCCUAUGAUGUGGUGGAGUUCGAGAUUGAUUUGAUGAAGGAUCUUGGUGUAAAGGUUGUUCUGGAGAAGGGUCUUGGGCAGAACGGUGUGACUCUGACUUCAUUGAAGGAGGAGGGCUUCCAGGUGGUCUUCAUUGGCAUUGGUCUUCCACAAGCAAACAGGGACAAGAUAUUCGAGGGUUUGACCAUAGAACAGGGCUUCUACACAUCAAAGGAUUUCCUUCCCUUAGUUGCAAAGGCCAGUAAAAGAGGCAUGUGUAAUUGUCAUGCACAGCUGCCAGAGCUGCAUGGGAAUGUGAUCGUCCUGGGUGCAGGAGACACUGCGUUUGACUGUGCCACCUCUGCUCUCCGCUGUGGCGCUCGACGAGUCUUUGUGGUCUUUAGAAAGGGAUUCACCAACAUUCGUGCUGUUCCAGAAGAGAUGGAGGUGGCCAGAGAGGAAAAAUGUGAGUUUCUGCCCUUCCUGUCUCCUCAUGAGGUAAUCAAGAGAGAUGGACGUGUAGUAGGCCUGCGGUUCUGCCGCACUGAACAACGGGAUGAUGGCACCUGGAUUGUGGAUGAGGAGCAGAUUGUCCACCUUAAAGCUAACUUCAUCAUCAGUGCCUUUGGCUCCAUGCUGAACAAUCCUGCUGUGAAAAGUGCCAUGGAGCCAAUCAAGAUGAAUGGAUGGGGGACACCUGAGGUGAACAGCGAAACCAUGCAGACCAGUGAACCCUGGGUGUUUGCAGGCGGAGACAUCGCCAGCUUGGCCAAUACCACCGUUGAAUCUGUCAAUGAUGGCAAACAAGCUUCCUGGCACAUCCAUAAGUACAUCCAGACCCUCCAUGGUAAUACAGUAAGCACUACUCCCAAACUGCCCUUGUUCCACUGUGCAAUCGAUACCGUGGACAUCAGCGUUGAGAUGUGCGGGAUUAAGUUCCCGAACCCCUUUGGACUGGCCAGCGCUCCCCCCACAACCAGCGCAGCCAUGAUACACAGGGCUUUCGAGCAGGGCUGGGGCUUCGCCCUCACCAAGACUUUUGGUCUGGACAAGGAUUUGGUGACCAAUGUGUCACCGCGAAUUGUGCGUGGGACCACCUCAGGUCACAUUUUCGGUCCUGGCCAGGGCUCCUUCCUCAACAUCGAGCUCAUUAGUGAGAAAACAGCCGCCUACUGGUGCAGGAGCGUGGCUGAACUCAAAGCCAACUUCCCCAAAAAUAUUAUCAUUGCCAGUAUUAUGUGCGCUUACAACAAAGCUGACUGGACAGAGCUGGCGAAGAUGGCUGAGGACUCUAAAGCUGAUGCUCUUGAGCUGAACUUGUCCUGUCCUCAUGGCAUGGGCGAGAGAGGUAUGGGACUGGCCUGUGGACAGGACCCUGAGCUGGUGCGGAACAUCUGCCGCUGGGUGCGACAGGCCAUCACCAUCCCCUUCUUCGCCAAGCUCACGCCCAAUGUCACCAACAUCGUUGAUAUCGCCAGAGCAGCACAUGAAGGUGGGGCAUAUGGAAUCACAGCCACCAACACUGUAUCUGGACUGAUGGGUCUCAAAGCAGAUGCCACACCCUGGCCCGGGAUCGGCACAGGCGCGAGAACUACAUACGGCGGUGUAUCUGGCAAUGCAAUUCGUCCCAUUGCUCUGCGUGCUGUUUCAGCUAUAGCCAGAGCACUUCCUGGCUUCCCCGUCCUUGCCACUGGUGGCAUUGACUCAGCUGAGUCUGGAUUGCAGUUCCUCCAUGCUGGAGCCUCUGUCCUGCAGGUAUGCAGCGCUGUGCAGAACCAGGACUUCACAGUGAUUGAAGACUACUGUUUAGGCCUGAAGGCACUGUUGUAUCUGAAAAGCAUUGAGGAGCUGCACGAUUGGGAUGGCCAGUCUCCUCCCACCAUAUGCCAUCAGAAGGGCAAACCUGUCCCCCGCGUGGAGGAGCUUGUCGGAAAGAGUCUUCCCAGCUUUGGACCAUACUUAGAGAUGAAGACUCGAGCCAUGGCAAAGUACAAGAAGAGCCUGAAAGAUGCCAAUGACAGUGGGGUCAUGGGCUCUAAUGCAGCACGAGUUAACAUCCCUAAAAAACCCAUCCCCAAUGUGAAAGAUGUGAUUGCCAGAGCGCUGAAGCAUAUUGGUGCCUAUCAGGAUCUGGACAACAAUGAACAAGUGCAGGCCCUCAUUGAUCCAGAGAUGUGUAUCAACUGUGGCAAAUGCUACAUGACCUGCAAUGACUCAGGCUACCAGGCUAUUAAGUUUGACCCUGAGACCCAUCUUCCUGUAAUCAUGGACAGCUGCACUGGCUGCACUCUCUGCCUGAGCGUGUGCCCCAUCAUCGACUGCAUCAAAAUGGUUACCAGGACAACGCCGUAUGUGCCCAAAAGGGGCCUGCCUGUUAAUCCCGUUUGCUAAACCACACUGCCGCUCCACCUGACCACAGAGAAAAGAAAACGAAGGACAGACGUCUCAUUCAAAGCAUUGAUUCCACUUAAAAUUGCUGUGUGAAAAAUUACCUUUAUUAUGAAAAUGAAUAAUUAGCCAGCAAAAAUAAUUGCCUCAUAUUCCCAAGCCAGUUAUGCUAGAAUAAUAGUGCUGGCACAAAAGAGUCACAUUAUUUCAAAACAACAAAGUGAAAUGUUUUGUUUAAGUUGUUUUUUUCAUUCCUUCCCAAAUAUAUAUCAAUCAAAAGUUAAAGGGAGGAUUGAUUGAGAAAAAUGGUUGUUGUUUCUCUGAUAUAAAUGCCAAAAAAUAAAUGACAACGAGCACAUUUACAUGCACAAGCGUCUUACAACGAUUAUGCUUAAAAUGCUAACAACGUGUAUGGGAACAUGGAUUUCCUUUAUCAGGGGUAAGAUCAUAAACAAUUUAAGCAAAAAAAUUAGCAACACAAGUACCCAUUAUCCUGAUUUUGUUCUGCAUGUAAACACCUUUACCGGUUUUCUUGCCGGCUUAUGCAAUGUGCGCAAGUGUUUGUUUGUUGUAACGUUUUGACUUCAAAAGCAGUCUCAUGUAAACACACUUUUCUUGUGUUGUAGCUGGUUUUUGGUUGUUAUCAGCGUAUUGGUGUGCAUGUAAACAUGCUCAAUAUUGACGUCUCAGUUUUGACUGGAUAAUUAUGAAACACAGUACACAUUAUUUUGAAACUAAGGAAAAUAUCAAUUAAUUUGGUGAACAGUUAUUGUGAAUAAUAUUAACAAUAAAGCCUAUAAUAAGUAUUUAUAAAACAUUUAUGCUUUAAUAUUUGUUAGUGAUUAAUCACAUUACUUAUUUACUCCCCAAAAAUCGAUUUCAAAUGAUAAGUAAAUAA